GUCUAACCUAUUGUAUACAACUAAAUAUUAAUAACUAUCCUCUGUUAUGUAGCAACCAAAUAAUAUAUUCUAACAUUUAAAUAAAUCUACUCCACUUUAAUAAGAUCAAUAACAACAUAUAUGGAAUGUUUCAAAUGGUUAUUUUAGUUAAAUCAACUUUCUUCAAUUUAACAUAUAUACAUAUAAACGGCACCAAAAUUUCAAUAUGUAGGGAUCAUUGUCAUAUAUAUCAUCCUCCUCCAUUAGAUCAAAAUUUUCUUACUUGAUCAACUUUUGAAAUAUAAAUGAGUCAUGUCCUAUUAAACAUUAUUGAUCAAACCUGAAAAGUAUUUUCCACCCAAAACUUUAUAAAACGAAUCAAUGAAUUUUGCUAGGUCUGAGGUUUUUGGACAUAAUUAGGUAUUUAGAAAAAAAAUUAUUUGGGUUUGGAUCAGUUUCUUUCGGAUAUGGAUGGUUUCAACUCCAUAAUUCAAAUACCUAUAAAAUAUAUAUAUUUUUUGUAUGUAACGGGUAUGGAUCCGUUCAGAUAUUUAGGACUCAAAUAAAAUUCGAUAAACAUAAAAAUACUCGAAACACGAAAAAUAUCCAAAAUCUAAACAAAUACCCGAAAAAUCAGAAAAUACUCAAAAGACCUAAAAUUGUACUCGAAAUUUGACCGAGAAACCAAAACAAUACCCAAAAUUGUAUCUGAAUACCCAAAAAUAUAUUUUUAAAAUUUGAAUUUUUACUCGAAAUCCAAAACUAUAACCGCAAAUUCAAACCAAAAACUUAAAAAUAUAUGUAUACCAAAAAGAUAUCUAAAAUACACAAAUAUAUCUAAUAUACACAAACAUUUUGGGUACUUUUGCUCUCAAACGGGUUUCAGAUAGGUCUCAGACGCUAAAAGAGACCCGCAUUUCCCCAAAAAUACGUAUUUUUAUCUGGACCCGACGUGAACCAGUAUUUUCGAGUUGAUUUUGGUUUGGUUUUUGGAGUCCAUGUAAAAUACCCAUGUGUACGAGAGAAUUACAUAAGAUUUUACAGAAUUUCAAAUAAAGUAAUUCAUGAAUUAUAUAUUUUUUUAAAAAAUUAGUUCUUUUAUAUAAUUCGACUUUGUAACAUAAUAAUAUAAAAAAAUCCCAAAAUACUAAUUUAUAUCAAAAUUUGUUAUAACAAAAGAACCCGCGCUUUCAAACGCGGGUCAAAAUCUAGUGAAUUUUUAAAAGCAAAGAGACUUUUAAACCUUUGACAGGGAAAAAAGAAAGAAAUAAUAAGAGACUUUUAAACCUUAUAGAAAAAAACAUUUAGUUAUUUAGUUGUUUAUCAGUUUAUCAUGAACUAAUUUUUCAUAAAUAGUACUCUCUCCGUUCCACAAAGAUAGACUUUUUAAUAUUUUCACACAUAUUAAGAAAACACAUUAAACUAUCAUAAUAAAUGUAUCGUUUUUUAUAAUUUUUAAUUUCAAUCACUUUUAACCAAUAGUAAUUCAAUAAAGUUAAUUAAUUUUCUUGAAAUUUACAAUUUUUUCAUAGAAAACACAAAAAUACAUAUUUCUAAAAACAAAUUUGUUUUCUAAAAAAUCUAUUAUUAAGGAACAGAGUGAAUAUAAUAUAUGCGAUCUUAGGAUCUUUCUAUUCAUAAUUGCUAAUCAGUUUUAUUUAUGUCACGACCUAUUAAACUAAUUAUUUUAUAAAAAUAACCCAGGACAAAUGACAAACUCAAUUGGCAGAUAAAUGUAUCCCCUUAUGUGAUGAAUAUGAACCUUAGCUCCUUGUCUAAGGUAUACUUAGUUUCGAAAAAAAAAACUAAGGUAUACUUUCUUUUGAAGUAUGACAAUAUCGUUGCCAAUAAAAUGAGAAAUACUAUUAUUUGUAUACAGAUUUUUAAUCUAUAUUUUUUAUGUGCCUAAGUUCUUAUUUUAUCUAUAUUAUUUGUAUAUAGAUAAAAUAAGAACUUUAGCAAACCAAUCAAAACAUAAAUUUACUAUAUAUAUAUAUAUGUAUAUAUGUGUGUGUAUAGAGGCAGACCCACUAAAAUCAUAUGAGGUAAUUUGAUACCCCUAAAAUAAGCAAAUAUAUUAAAUUGUAUAAAAUAUAUUUAUAACAAGUCUAUUGUAAAAAUGGUUGUUUUGUUUUCGUUGACAACCCCAUCCAUCACCUAGGGUCUAAUUCCCCAUUGACACCCUUUCAUCCUAAUUUAAAAAAAUAUAUAUAUAUGAUUCCUGUUAAAUAAAUUUAUGUAUCCGCCACUGUAUACAACGUUUACGGUGGUAAUUUCCAGUAUAUUAGCUGCUGCAUCAUUUCAUGUACAUAGUUCAGUUGCUUCAUAAUUCUUUCAAUUAACAUAUAAACUGAAAUUUGUAUUUAUAAUUUUCUUAUCAAACACAAAUCAAAUUAAAAAAUUAUUAUGUAAUUUUUUGUUCAAUUUUUUAAAGACGAUUUAAAAGAGAAAAAGUAGAUACAAAUUUUCUUGUGACUUAUGUAAAUAUUGGUCAAAUAACCACAAACUUUUGGCAAUAGCUACAGAUAGUUUUGUAAUUAUAAACGAUUUUUUUUGGUAGUAUAUGCACUAUUCUAAAAAACUUAUUUAGGCUAUUUUAAAUAAAUAACUAUUUUAACUCUUAUUUUGGUAAAUGGUGAUUUCUUUUUUUCAGUCAAACUCAUUUUUAGUAACCUGGUAAUAAAACAUUGACCGAAGAAUGCAUUUUAACUGUAUUUUGAUUAAUAAAUAAGUUGUUUUAUUUUUUAAAUAAGCUUUUGUGUAUGUAAUCUAUUGAACUUUUUUAUAUUUUUAAAAUUAAAUGAUUGUAUGAUUUACUUUUCCGUUAUUAAUAUCUUAAUUACUUUAUUUGAAAGAAAGUUUAAUCUAGUCAAAAUAGUAUAAUAGGUAUUUCAAUUUUCGUGGACUUUAUAUCAUUAUCAAUACUUUUAUUAGCAAAUAAAUUAUUAAACAUAUUAAAUAAAAAUAUUAAUCAAAUUAAAUAUAUAAAAUUUGUCUGAGAACCAAUAAUCAUGAAAAUAAUCUAAAAUGGUCAUAAAAUCUCACAUAUUAUUAUAAUUAGAAAAUAAUAUGAUAAUAUAUUUAUGAAUAAAAUUCAUUGUGUAUUUUCAAUAUAAAUUUUAGAUCUUAAAUUUUAAAUACUUUUACAUGUUCUUAACAAAAUAUAUGCAUAGUCGUAGGCACCUACCAUAUAUGCUUUUAUAGAAAAUUUUGUUUCUCGAUAUGAAAAGAUAUUAAAUGUAUAAGAUGACUAAAUUUGAGAUGACAAAAAAAGAGGACCAAAGUUGAUUAUAUGUCUCUUUUAAUGUCAAAAACUAAAUUUAGUUAUUUACUUAUAUAAUUAAUUGCUUAUAAUAAUAUGUAACCGUAAAUAGAAACCAAUUUUAUUUUGCCACAUGGAUAAAGAGAUAUAGAAUUUGUGAAAGAAAAUCAUCAACUACUUGUCUCUCCUUUCUUCUGUUUUCUUCGAGCGUGUAGGGUAAAUUAAGUAUCUAUGUCUCUCAAUAUAUAUCACCAUUAAAUUCAAUAGCACACUCAUCCUCACUGCAAUUAUAUCUCUUCAAAACUUUCACUAGCUCUCUUCCUUGAACAGUACGUUUCAUAACCGCUUCGUAAAAUCAUCCCCGGCUUUCCGACAUAACUCACUGGCUUCGAUAUAAAUCAAGGGCUUGUCCUAUUUUUCAUCGACAACGUAUAUCUGUAGCAUUUAUUUAUUUUUCUCAUUAAUAAUAAACAUAUCUUAGAUUUUAUUCUUUUUUUAAUUUCAGUAGAUUUAUUGUACCAUUCCAUUUUAUGGUAAAUACACAGAAUUAUGAUUAACAUCUUUGUUCAUAUACAUACAUCAAAAGAUGAAAUGAUGAUUCUUAUUUAUGUUGCUAUUGAGACCGUAUAUAUUUGCAUAACUAUUUCGGACCAUUUUUUGUUCACAGAUUUAAAUUACUUUUAUUUACCUCUGGUUUAUAGAAAGAGGAGUGAGACAAAUUGUAUGGGGGAACAAUAAAUCAGAAGGAAAAUAACAUUUGAUUCUUCUGAGUUCUGGUUCACGGAGACAAUCUAAACAGAUCUCCCAGAAUAGCAAAUAUGUCUCUGCCAAAUUACAUGGAACCAGUGGAUGAUGUGAACAACAACAACAAUGGAGAGACCGAUAACAACGAAAACGAAAAUAACAACAACAUGAAUGGUGGUGCUAGUUUUGGGGAUGAGGAAUUCGACAGUGAGAAUCAAGAAUAUGGAAACACUCAAGAUCCUCGUGCUGCUAAGAGAAAGCGAUAUCAUCGUCACACUCAACAGCAAAUCCAGGAGAUGGAAAACUUCUUCAAAGAGUGUCCUCAUCCUGAUGACAAUCAGAGGAAAGAACUUAGCCGUCAACUGGGACUAGACCAUCUUCAGAUCAAAUUCUGGUUCCAGAACAAACGCACCCAGAACAAGAAUCAUCAAGAGCGCCAUGAGAACUUACAACUUCGUGAGGAGAACACUAGGCUUAGAGCUGAUAACCACCACUUUCGUGAAGGUCUCGCUAAUGCCUCAUGUCCUAAUUGCGGAGGUCCUACCGCAGUUGGCGAAAUGUCUUUCGAAGAACAUCAUCUUCUCCUCGAAAAUGCUAAGUUAACCGAAGAGAUCCGUCAAUUAUCUGAGGUGGCGAAGUAUACAGGCAAAGCUGUAAUGAGAUAUCCUGUUCUGCCUACUCCUAAUCAGGCUCCACCUUUCGAGCCCCCGAUGAUAACUAAUGGAAGUCUCGGAUCAGUGAAAGAGGCCGAUAAGCCAUUGCUCAUAGAGUUAGCAGUUGGAGCCAUGUCGGAGCUUAUAGCGUUGGCUCAAAUGAAUGAACCGCUGUGGAAGGAAGGAGUUCAUGGCAUGAUAUUAGAUUUGAAUGAAUACACAAGAAAUUUACAAAACGGACUCGGGCCUAAACCGGUCGGGUUUAGAACCGAGGCAUCAAGAGAAACCGCGAUUGUGUUCAUGCGCCAUAUGGAGAUUGUUCACAGGCUAAUGGAUGUGAAUCUAUGGUCGACCAUGUUUGCUGGAAUGGUUGGUAGAGCCAUAACUCAUGACACCCUCUUGACUGGACGCCAAGGAAACUUGGACGGAACUAUCCAUCUGAUGACUGCUGAAUUCCAAGUUCUAUCGCCGCUAGUCUCAAACCGUGAAUGCUACUUCGUCCGCUACUGUAAGCAGCACGGUGAAGGUUUAUGGGGGGUGGUCGAUAUAUCCAUCGACCAUCUCAUUCCAAACCUGGAACCUAAGUGUCUGCGAAGACCAUCUGGAUGUCUGAUUCAAGACAUGCCAAAUAGAGUCUCCAGGGUUACUUGGGUUGAGCAUGUGGAGGUAGAUGACGGAGGUGAACUUCAUGCCAUGUUUAAGCACUUGCUCAAUUCUGGUCAAGCUUUAGGUGCUAACCGCUGGCUUUCUGCAUUGGACCGCCAGUGCGAGCGGUUAGCCAUCAUGAUGGCUCCAAACAUUCCAUCCAUAGAACCUGGUGGUCAAAUAACGGUAACGAACAAUGCCAAGCAGAGCCUGCUGGAGUUAGUUGAGCGGAUGUCUAGAGGUUUCUUUGAUGGAGUGACAACUUCUAAUGCAGAUAUAUGGAUGAACUUGGGUGGUUAUACAGGAGAUAGUGUGAAAGUGACGACUCGGACGAGCUUGAAUGAUCCAGGAAGACCUGAAGGACUCAUUCUCUGUGCAGCCCAUUCGUUUUGGGUCCCGGCUCCUCCUACCACUGUCUUUGACUACCUCAGAGAUGAGAACAACCGAGUCAAUUGGGAUGUUCUCUUCCUUGGAGGGAAUCCUCAGAAGCUGACACAUAUAUUUAAUGGGAGGGACAAUAGGAACUGUGUAUCUUUACUCCGGAGCCCAAACACUAGCCAAAGCGAGAUGAUGAUGAUUGAAAAGAGCUCUACUGAGCCAGCAGCUUCGUUCCUGGUCUAUGCGCCUGUUAGUGUUCCGUCAAUGGAGAAAGUUCUCAAUGGAGGUGACCCUAAGUAUGUGCCAUUACUUCCAUCAGGUUUUGCUAUACUACCAGAUGGUACGGCUCAGCCUGGAAAAGCAGGAGGGUCACUCGUGAACGUUGCGUUUCAGAUGCUGGUUGACUCAUACCCUUCGGGUUCGCUGACUUUUAGCUCGGUUUCAACCAUUGAGAGUCUGAUUCUAGCAGCCGCGAAUAAGAUCAAAGCUUGCUUUACUCAGCAGACUCCUUGAACAGGAAAGUAAGUGUAAGGGGAUGCGGAGGAAUCAAGAGAGAGUGUGUUUUUAUUUUAUUUUCAAGAAAGCUUCAAAAGGGGAGGAGUCAAGAACGAACCUGACAAGAAACAGUUCAGUUCUUGAAUGGUUUUCUUAAUGAGGUUCGGGUAUUGACUUCCUUGUUAACUUUUGCUAAAAACUUUCCGUCAUUUAUGUUUUAAGUACUUUGUUUCAUUCUGAAUGUUGGAACUUUCUCAACUCAUUUCUCUUUGUGUUUCAUGUUGACAAAAAAUAUUUGAAUACUCUCUUUUAAACUA